UGAAAACGCGUUUUUCCGCAGACCUGGCAACCUCCGUACCGGUCAGUUGACGCGACGCAGGCUCAAAAAUCAUGGCGGACGAAGUAGAGCAGCAACCAACUACCAACACAGUUGAGGAGCCCCUCGAUCUGAUCAGACUCAGUCUUGAUGAGCGGAUCUACGUCAAGAUGAGGAACGACCGGGAGCUUCGCGGCCGACUGCAUGCCUACGAUCAGCACCUGAACAUGAUCCUGGGUGACGUGGAAGAGACGGUGACGACGGUGGAGAUCGAUGAGGAGACUUAUGAAGAACUCUACAAGUCGACCAAGAGGAACAUCCCCAUGCUGUUUGUCAGAGGAGACGGCGUCGUCCUCGUUGCUCCACCUCUCAGGGUGGGUUAAACUCCGACCACUGUGAAGACGGGUUUGUGCCAGCGGGAAAGUCUCAGAUCCAAAGGGAGUGGGUUCAUGAGGGUCUGACACUGAGUUUUCAUCCCACUAAGUUCAGACUUUAGCCAACAUCGUCCUCUUAUUUGACAUUAGUGAAAUUUCAAAAACAUGUUUUGAGUAAAGGAAAGAAAUAAGAGGUCAUUUUGGAAUGAGAGACAUGUUUUUGUUUCUUUUUAUUUGGUUAAGUUGAUUGAUUUUGGGAUUAUGGCGAAAUCAGGCCACAAUUUAAGUUUCAUUUCUCUGCUUAUUCUGAAUAUUUCAAUGCAUAUUUUUCAGUGCAGCAGUUAAUUAUUCCCCACAGUUUGAGUUGUGAGGCCACGAAAUUGAAAACUAAAUAUUACUGGAUUACUCUUUAGUCCCUGUCCCAGUUGAACUGCUUCAGAUCUCUGUAAGAUAUGUACCCGUGUGUCGGCCUGAUUUGAGUGGACUAAAGAACCAUUAUGUAUCAGGGGUGUUUUAUAUGAUUAUGGAUUUGAAGUCCCUCAUUUAACUGUUGGUUCCCUGGAAAAAAUCUCGCAGUUACUCCAAACCCGUUGAGAUUCUGUUGGAUGGUUUUAGUUGUCUUUUUUAUAUAUGUAUUUUUUUAGUUUUUUUGUGGAAUGUGGGAGUAAAUCUUGCUCAGAUGUGUAAACAUUUGUUUUCAUUUGGUAAAGUUGAAUAAAAAAAAGGUAAUUGGAGAAAGAA